UCGGAAAUGCGGGAGAUUGUGCACAUCCAGGCCGGCCAGUGCGGCAACCAGAUCGGGGCGAAGUUCUGGGAAGUCAUCAGUGAUGAACAUGGCAUUGAUCCUACGGGAACCUAUCGUGGAGAGAGCGACCUGCAACUGGAGAGGAUGAAUGUCUACUACAAUGAAGCCACAGGUGGUAAGUUUGUGCCUCGUGCUAUCCUUGUGGAUCUGGAACCUAGUACUAUGGAUUCUGUUCGUUCAGGACCCUUUGGACAUCUCUUCAGACCAGAUAAUUUUGUGUUUGGACGUAGUGGUGCCUCUAACAACUGGGCCAAGGGUCACUACACAGAAGGAGCUGAACUGGCUGACUCUGUCAUGGAUGUAGUGAGGAAGGAGGCUGAGGGAUGUGAUUGCCUCCAGGGAUUCCAGCUUAUCCAUUCACUGGGUGGUGGUACUGGUGCUGGCAUGGGCACUCUUCUCCUCAACAAGAUCCGUGAAGAAUACCCUGACAGAAUGAUGCUCUCUUUCAGUAUUAUUCCUUCACCCAAAGUAUCAGACACUGUGGUAGAGCCCUAUAAUGCAACUCUAUCUAUUCACCACCUCAUAGAGAAUACAGAUGAGACCUUCUGUAUUGAUAAUGAGGCUCUGCAUGACAUCUGUUUCCGAACCCUCAAACUCACAUCUCCCACUUAUGGUGACCUGAAUCAUCUAAUAUCAGCCACCAUGAGCGGUGUAACAACGUGUCUACGUUUCCCUGGUCAGCUCAACGCUGACCUGCGUAAACUAGCAGUGAACAUGGUCCCCUUUCCACGCCUACAUUUUUUUGUGCCUGGCUUUGCUCCUCUGACUAGUCGUGGUACCCAGCCAUAUCGUGCCCUGACAGUACCUGAGCUUACCAAGCAAAUGUUUGAUGCCAAGAACAUGAUGGCAGCCUGUGACCCUCGACACGGCCGCUACCUGACCGUUGCUGCUGUUUUCCGGGGUCGCAUGUCCAUGAAAGAGGUGGAUGAACAGAUGUUGAACAUUCAGAACAAAAACAGCCCUUAUUUUGUGGAGUGGAUCCCCAACAAUGUCAAGACGGCUGUCUGUGACAUCCCACCCAGAGGCCUCAGAAUGGCAGCCACCUUCAUUGGCAACACAACGGCCAUCCAGGAGCUGUUCAAGCGCAUUGGUGAGCAGUUUUCUGCCAUGUUCCGAAGGAAGGCCUUCUUGCAUUGGUACACCGGUGAGGGCAUGGAUGAGGUGGAAUUUACAGAGGCUGAGGCUGACAUGCUGGAUCUGAUAGCCGAGUACCAGUACUAUCAGGAAGUUCAAGUGAAUGAGGGGGCUCAGUAUUAUGUAGAUGAAGUUGAUGAUGAUGAAGAAUCCUGA